CGGAGUGGCAGCGCAUGCGCACAUGAAACAUUGACUCGGGAGGCCCUGGCGAGAAGAUGAAGCGAGUAUUUACUCUAUUAGAAAAGGCUUUGCUUGGUUCCCCUGUGCAGUUCAUCUGGCAGAAAACUUUAGGAAACUUCCUUGCUGUGACAGGAGCUGAUCACACUGUAAAAAUCUUUGAUCGUCAUGGUCAGAAGAGAAAUGAAAUUAACUUACCAAGCAACUGUGUUGCUAUGGACUGGGAUAAAGAUGGGGACACCUUAGCCAUAAUUGCUGACAAAUCUAGUACCAUUUAUCUGUGGGAUGCCAACACAAACAAAACAAGCCAGGUGGACAGUGGCAUGAGAGACCCAAUGUCUUUCUUGCUUUGGUCCAAAGUUGGAGCCUUACUUGCAGUUGGAACAACUAAGGGAAACUUGCUUAUUUAUAACCGACAGACUUCUCGUAAGAUUCCUGUCCUUGGUAAACACACCAAGCGGAUCACUUGUGGUUGCUGGAGUACUGAAAAUCUACUGGCACUAGGUAGUGAAGACAAAAUGAUAACUAUUAGCAAUCAAGAAGGAGAUACUGUAAGACAGACUUCAGUGAGAUCGGAUCCCAGUGAUAUGCAGUUCUCAGUGAUGAAGACUGAUGAAAGAAUAUCAGCCAAGGAAAGCACAGUAAGCGUGGUGGUUGGCAAGAAAACAUUGUUUCUUUUUAAUUUGAAUGAUCCUGAUAACCCAAUUGAUCUAGAAUUCCAGCAGCGCUAUGGCAACAUUGUAACCUAUAGAUGGUAUGGUGAUGGCUACAUCAUGAUUGGCUUCUCACGUGGCUGCUUUGUUGUUAUUUCUACACACAUUCGUGAGAUUGGUCAAGAGAUUUUUCAAGCUCGCAAUCAUAAGGAUAACCUAACCAGCAUUGCAAUAUCACAAUCACUAAACAAAGCUGCAUCAUGUGGAGACAACUGCAUUAAGAUUCAUGACCUGUCAGAACUGAAAGAAAUGUAUGCUAUAAUAAACCUGGACGAUGAAAAUAAAGGUCUAGAUCACCUGGCUUGGACAGAUGAUGGGCAGUUGUUGGCAGUGUCUACACAAAGGGGCUCACUCCAUGUCUUCUUGACAAAGCUUCCAAUCCUUGGAGAUGCUUGCGGCACACGGAUUGCGUACCUCACUUCUCUUCUUGAAGUUACUGUGGCCAAUCAUGUUGAAGCAGAGCUACCAAUCACAGUUUCUGUUGAAGUGGAGCCAAACUUUGUUGCUGUAGGUCUUUAUCAUUUGGCUGUAGGAAUGAAUAAUCGUGCUUGGUUUUAUAUACUUGGAGAGAAUAGUGUAAAAAAGCUUAAAGACAUGGAGUAUCUGGGGACAGUAACCAGUAUAUAUCUUAAUUCUGACUAUGCUGCUGCACUCUUUGAGGGUAAAGUCCAGUUGCAUAUGAUAGAAGGUGAAGGUUUAGAUGCUCAGGAAGAACGAGAGACUCGACUUUUCCCAGCGAUGGAUGAUAAAUGUCGAAUCUUGUGCCAUGCUCUUACUGGUGAUUUCCUCAUCUAUGGUACAGAUACAGGUGUUAUUCACUAUUUCUACAUUGAAGACUGGCAAUACGUGAAUGAAUAUCGGCAUCCUGUCAGUGUGAGAAAAAUCUUUCCAGACCCCAAUGGAACCAGAUUGGUUUUUAUUGAUGACAAAAGUGAUGGCUUUGUGUAUUGCCCAGUAAAUGAUGGUGUGCAUGAGAUCCCAAAUUUUCCACCAACCAUUAAAGGCAUUCUGUGGGAAAAUUGGCCAAUAGAUAAAGGUGUAUUUGCUGCUUACGAUGAUGAUAAAGUGUAUACUUAUGUCUUCCAUAAGAAUACCAUACAAGGGUCCAAGGUUAUUUUGGCAGGUGGUACCAAGGUUCCAUUUUCCCACAAACCAUUUCUUUUGUAUAAUGGAGAAUUAACCUGUCAGACUCAGAGUGGGAAAACAAACAAUAUCUAUCUUAGUACUCAUAGUUUCCUUGGCAUUGUGAAAGACACCGGAUUUAAUGAGCUGAAACAAAUACUUACUCAGACUUUAAUGCUGAAAAGGUUUUCUGAAGCAUGGGAGGUAUGCAAACUUCUGAAUGAUCAAUCUGGUUGGAAUGAGCUGGCCAGAACUUGCCUACAUCACAUGGAAUUGGAGUUUGCAAUACGUGUUUAUCGGACAGUUGGAAAUGUUGGGAUGGUGAUGUCACUAGAGCAAAUAAAGGGAAUAGAAGACCACAACCUCUUAGCUGGACAUCUUGCCAUGUUUACUAAUGACUUUAAUUUGGCUCAGGAUUUAUAUCUGGCAUCCACCUGUCCUGUUGCUGCACUUGAGAUGAGAAGAGAUUUGCAGCACUGGGACAGCGCACUGCAGCUGGCUAAGCGUUUGGCCCCAGACCAGGUCCCAUUCAUAUCAAAGGAGUAUGCUAUGCAGCUUGAAUUCACGGGUGAUUAUGUGAAUGCUUUGGCGCACUAUGAGAAGGGAAUCACAAAGGACAAUAAGUACCAGGAACAUGAUGAAGCUUGCCUAGCUGGAGUGGCUCAGAUGUCCAUUCGAAUGGGAGACAUUCGUCGAGGGGUUAAUCACGCCAUUAAACAUCCUAGCAGGCUACUAAAGAGAGACUGUGGAGCCAUUCUGGAGAGUAUGAAGCAAUUUUCAGAAGCCGCCCAGCUAUAUGAAAAGGGGCAAUAUUACGACAAAGCAGCAUCAGUAUAUAUCCGCUGUAAAAAUUGGGCAAAGGUUGGUGAGCUUCUCCCUUGUGUAUCAUCUCCAAAGAUUCACCUGCAGUACGCCAAGGCAAAAGAAGCAGAUGGCAGAUAUAAGGAAGCAGUUGUGGCUUAUGAGAAUGCCAAACAAUGGGACAAUGUAAUCCGGCUAUAUUUGGAUCAUCUUAACAAUCCUGAAAAAGCUGUUAGUAUUGUCAGGGAAACACAGUCUCUCGAUGGAGCCAAGAUGGUAGCCAGAUUCUUUCUGCAGUUGGGUGACUAUGGUUCUGCCAUCCAGUUUCUGGUUAUGUCUAAGUGUAAUAAUGAAGCUUUCACACUGGCCCAACAGCACAAUAAGAUGGAGAUUUAUGCUGACAUCAUUGGUUCUGAGAAUACUACCAGUGAAGACUAUCAGAGUAUUGCACUAUACUUUGAAGGAGAAAAAAAACAUUUUCAGGCGGGCAAGUUCUUUUUGCUGUGCGGUCAAUAUGCCCGGGCACUAAAACACUUUCUGAAAAAUCCAACCACAGAAGAUAACAUGGCUCUAGAAAUGGCUAUUGAAACAGUGGGGCAGGCAAAAGAUGAAGCACUAACCAAUCAGCUGAUAGACUACCUUAUGGGGGAGAGUGAUGGCAUGCCUAAGGACGCCAAGUAUCUGUUCCGCUUGUACAUGGCACUAAAGCAAUACAGAGAAGCUGCCCGAACUGCCAUAAUAAUUGCCAGAGAGGAGCAGUCUGCAGGAAACUACCGAAAUGCACAUGAUGUUCUUUUUAGUAUGUAUUCAGAACUCAAAACCCAGAAAAUUAAAAUUCCUUCUGAGAUGGCUACAAAUCUUAUGAUUCUACACAGCUAUAUUUUAGUAAAGACUCAUGUUAAACGUGGAGAUCACAUGAAGGGUGCACGCAUGCUUAUUCGUGUAGCCAACAACAUCAGCAAGUUCCCAUCACACAUUGUCCCAAUCCUGACGUCAACAGUGAUUGAGUGUCAUAGAGCAGGACUGAAAAACUCAGCUUUCAGUUUUGCUGCUAUGUUGAUGAGACCGGAGUACCGCAAUAAAAUAGAUCUUAAAUACAAAAAGAAGAUCGAAGCAAUGGUCAGACGACCAGACACAUCUGAGGCAGAAGAGCCAACUACACCAUGCCCAUACUGUGAAUUCCUGCUCCCAGAGUGUGAACUCCUCUGCCCUGGAUGUAAAAACAGUCUCCCAUAUUGCAUUGCAACUGGUCGGCAUAUGGUAAAAAAUGACUGGACAGCCUGUCCAAAUUGUGACUUUCCUGCCCUGCACUCAGAGUUCAAAAACGUGUUGCAGAGUGAAAAUAUAUGUCCAAUGUGUUCAGAAAGAGUUAGCAUUGUCCAUCUUAAGAAGAUAGCUGACUGCACACCAUACCUCAACCCAGAAGAAAUGGAACAGUGAAUUUAUUCAAGUACCAGCAAUCCUUGGAGGGAAUAUUUAGCUACAGUCUACACACUGGUUUGUAGUUCAAGUAGACAAAACUUAGUACUGUUCCAAUACCAACUAUUCUUACGUGAGAGCUGUAAUUAGUGUACUGUACCUACAGUCCUGUAGGUUUACACAGUGGGUAUUAAGCACUUUUGAAGAGAAAUUGUCACCAUAAGUAGCAGACUAAUAUCAGUUUUUAGUUGUAGUACAUAUCUUCUCCAACUAUUGUAUUUGAACCUCUUUCAUAGUCAGGAUUGAUGUUUAGUUUUAUAACAACGUUAAUUCCAUAUUUGACAAGCAAUUUAUUUAUUCAUUGAAAAGUCAGUUUGGUACAGUUGCCUCUAUUUUGAAGACUGAAUAACUGCUGCUCUUCAUUUUCAGAAUGAUUGGAGAGUUGUGGUGUUAAGGAUGGUCCUUAGCAGUUUCGGGGGGGGAAAAAAUCCAGCAAACAGUUUAAUACUGGAGCAGUUGUCAGUUCUGUUCUCUAUUUUGUGAUACAAAAAUUAACCAAUGUACUUGUUGAAAGCAGAAUAAAUCCAGUUUUACCCUUAAGUUUAACUUUAAAGUCUGU